UGUGUGAAUGCAUCUGUGUGCGUGUGUGUGUGUGUGUGUGUGUGUGUGUGUGUUGGGAGUGUUUACAUUCACAACACCAACUUUGUUAAGUUUAAUUACAUUCCUCAUUCCUCGUUAGCGCAGUGUGUUGACUCGAGCACAGACUUCAGCUGCGAGUAAAACAGGAGGUGAUUGUAAGCACAUUAGUGGGCGGAGUCAGUGGAAACGGGAGAAUCUCAAAACAUCACUCCUCGUGACCAGCCGCUGGACUUCACAUCGAGCAGCAGCGUAGCUGAUGGAGCUGUGGGAUAGAAGAGAGAGAAUCUUCGCUCCGUGGGAUAAAUACAGAACUUUUCCCGGAUGGAUCUCGUCUUCACACACAAGCAUCGGAGAACCCAUCAGCUGGGCAACAGCGGGAUCCAGACCUGGAAAGAACAGAGUAAACUGGACUACUGAGAGCGGAGUGUGUCCUGAGUAUCCUGGUCACGAGACAGAAAAGCAGAGAGCGCUGAUGGAGAGACAAAGGGAGAGAAGAGGAAAGCAGAUGAUGGUGCAGAGAGGGGAUUUGGGAAAUCAGUGGCAACCUGCUACCAUGCACUACAGACGAGAGAAGGAUAAAGAUGGAUUCGGGGCUAACAGUUAUGGAGAGCUGGAGGAAUGGGCGAGGCGGCGUUAUUAUCACUCUCUCCCCAGGAGGAGGCGUCUUCAGGGAGAGAUGUGGAGUGAAAUCCAAAAUGCACUGAAAGCUGAGAGGAUAUUGGGUUCUGCAGGCAGAUCAGUCCGCGCAGAACCCAGUCAGAGAUCCGGUGUAAAUAUCUCAGAAAACAAGUUCAACCUCCUCACAUCUCACCAGCCUCCUCCUUACACCGCUGUGAAACACGAUGCUUCUGGGAAAAGGUUAAGGGAGCAAGGGGAGAGCAAGGUCCUGAGUUCUUCUUGGAGCCGACCUCCAAACUACACACCACCUCCACCGUACACCUCUCGACCCGACUCGAACAGACUAACGGGAACGCUGACGGAACCAGAAGGAUCUUUCCCAAACCUCAGUAUGGAGUAUGGAUUUGGAAGCAGGCCCCAUAAUGCGAGACAGAUACAGCAUCGUUCUGUCUCGUUCUCAGACAGAAGACGACAUAUACGAUGUUCAUCAGGUGACGGGACCCCAGGAACCGUGACCUUUCCAGGUCCUGACAGAGCACAACAUCAGCAGGACGUUUGGCCCUCGGUUCAACUGCAGGUAAAGAACCAACAACAAGUUUUUACACCACAAUCAUCAGGACAUCAUGAGAGCCAUCAGACACCUUAUUCAGCUGUAACACUAACUAAACCCAAGAGAAGAAGAAGUGGAGGAACAGUUUUCUGUUUAGUGUCUCAUGCGGGAGAGCUCACAGGCAUGUCCAGUUCUCCUACUGAUAAACCACUUAAAUGCCAAUUACUUCCUCUUUUAAAAGGCUCAACUCCAGAGCAGCUGGCAGAUGAAGCUGAUUCAUGUCCAUCAUUACCCGCUUUUAACCUCGAUCCUACACCGGAAGAACACAGAGAGGAAGAUCAAAACCAGAGUGACCAAAAUCUAAGACUUUCCAAACGCAUAGAGGAACUGAGAAAAGAAAGAGAGGAACUGAGAAAGCAGAGUACUGAAAAAAGACGCUUCGUUGAUCUAAGCAAAAAGAAAAGUGAAGACGCAGAUUCUAAGAAGGACAUUAUUACUUCUGCUGUGUCUUCUAAAUCCACGACACCGCUGGUACCACAACACCAAACCACACUGAAGUUUCCCUUAUGGAAGGAACCCAAAUCACUCCACUGCUCUAACGGUGUUCUGCAGAAAAAAGCUAAACCAAACAGAAGUAUUAGCAGAGAAGGUCGAUAUGAACAAUCUGAACCAAGAAAUGACACAAUGACAAAUGAGAACACGGGUCACAUGGUCAUCGAUGCAACCUGUGUGGUCAUCAAAGUCGAGUUCAUCGCUCCUCCUGAAAAGGAACACGUCCAGUACGUGAGUUCACGUCCAACUGAUCCGUCGAAACAGAGCUCUGAUUCUAACCGUGAGCACAAAGACAGACGUUCAGUGCACAAGGUCAUUAACCAAACAAAAGUCACAUCCAGCAAAGUCCGACUUAAGCAUGAGACUGUAAAGGAAAGAGCAGAGAGAAUUCUGGGAACUGUACUUCAGAAUUCCUUUAAUGAAGCAUACACACGGGAAAAGACCAGUCAGAUGGAAAAUUCCAGAUUCCAGCAGAUUCAGGAUACUGCAGAAGGAUCUGCUGAAGCUGAACUGGAAAGUUGGUUAAAAGCAGAGUGUGAAAAUUCUCAAAUCCCGAUAACCUCCACACCAAACGAGGAAGAAACUCCAAGCUCAAUGUCAGAAGCUGAAGCCAUGCCGGAAAUUUCCGAAGUGACUCACGGAGAUGCUGCGAACGCUCAUACAGGACUCGCGAUCAUGACAAUGACGAGCACUAAGCAGGAAAAUGAACCCAAGUCAGUAGACAUGAAGUCUCACACCAGUGAGACUUUCAGACUUUCAGACCUGAGGAGAUCUGAGGAAAACACCAAUGAGCCAUUUAGUCAAGAAGAUACACCCACUGAGGGAAACUCUUCAAAUUUAAGAGGAGAUCAUGCUGAAACCUUUACUGAUCUCCAGGCUGAAACACAGAAUCCCUGUUCAUCCCUUCCUAACAGCUAUGAGCGAGAUAGUAAUAAAGUGUUUGACCAGGAGUGCAGACCCACAGAGGAGAAGCCAUCAAUCACCCUUCAAAACCUGCAAAGAACAAGUGAGAUGUUCAGCCUAGAAGCAGGUCACCAUCAGGAGAACCUGUUAAAUCUGCAGAAUCUCUGCCUGAACCUCCUGAGCACAUCUGAGACACUUCACCAAGAAAGCAGUUCCAAUCAGAACCUCCCAUAUUCAGGAGAUCCUCAAGUUUGUCCACCUUUUCUUGAACAUCAUGUGGAAAACACAAAUGAGUCGUUUGCUCGUGAAGGUAUUCCCAGACGAGAACACCUCUCAGAUGUCAGGCCAAACCUCCUCGAUAGCUCUGUGCUCAACAUUAGCGACACACUCGUCCAAGAAGAUAUCUGGAGAGAGGACAGACCUUCACAUGCAAAACAGGAUGCAAAUAAGCGUUACCAAAAUCUCCCUGAUAACAACAUGGAAAAGACGAGUGAGUCAUGUGACCAAGAGGAUGCUCUCGGCGAGGGGAACCUCUCGAGUGAUGUAAAUAAUCUUCAUCCUUCCUUCUCAGUAAAAGAUAUGAGAGAGUCUUUUGAUGAACAGAACCCUCUCCAUGAGGAUGAACACGUGGAUCAGUGUGUUUAUAGUCUGAAUGAAGCCGAACUGCCUGAAAGCUCUGACAUGAAGAAUUCCAGCACAAACAUUUUCAGGAACAUUGAGGAAAAUCCUGAGGCAUUUGAGCAAGAAGCUUGUUCUAAGAAAGACAUUCUUUUAGAUGAUCCACAGAAUCUCUGUCCAGUCCUGUUUGGUGGCUCUGCUGAAAACUCCAGUGAGUUAUUUGAGCGAGAAGAUAAUGAAGGUAUAACAUCUCCAUCACCUGACCUCCACACACUGAGUACAGAAGAGUUAGCUUCUGUUAGUUUAUUAUCCACUUCACACUCUGAGAUGUCUCCUCGUCCUCCUGACUGUGUGUCCUGCACCUUUCCGUCUCCUCCGUCACCUGCAGCUCGUUGUUCUCACUCGAGACCUUCUGACAGUUCGUCUCAGAUUACUAGCGUUCAUGCCCAGGUCUGUUCUUCAGCGUCGUCCACAGCACCACGACGCAUCAGAGCCAAACAGAGUGCGCAGUCGCUGCGGGACGCCGUGAGCCGCAUUCGCAGACACACCGCUCCCGAUUCAGAAGCUGAGGACGAAGACGGUGAGCUCUGGGAAUCGGUGGAAAAUACAGAAGAUGAUUUGUUUAAUGUGAGUGAAAAGACUGGAAUGAAGGAAGAGGAAUGUGUGAUGGAGGAAAGGACAGGUUACGCUGGGAAUAACGGAAAGGAUGCGAUUAAAGCUCCAGCAGGAGAAGAGAGACGACUGGGGGAAAGGAAAGAUGAUGAAGAUGAUGAUGAUGGUGGUGGUGAUGAUGAUGAUGGUUCGAGCAGCAGCGUGGACAGUCAGGACACGGUUAUUGAGGGUGAAGGCAAGAGGAACAUUCUGGAAGAAGACGAGAACAAGCAGGAAUCUGAUUUAUUCAGUGAGAAAAGAGAAUAAAUUUUAACUGGCUGUUUAAUGGAAGAAAAAUUUAUAAGAUAAUCCAUUAAACUGACACAUUAUUGUCUACAAACGUGUGUGUGUCGUGUCUGUGUGUGUGUGUGUGUGUGUGUGUGUGUGUGUGUCGUGUGUGUGUUUGUGCAAAGUGGGAAAAUUCCCGAAUGUCUCCUGUUACACAACAGUGUUGUAUUUUUGUGUAUCACGUGGAUUUGACUACAUUCUGAGUAAAAAGACUAAAAAUAUUACGAUGAAUUAUUAAAAUGAGUUUUUAGGUUACAGAUUUGCUGUGAAGGAAAAUUAUUUUUAAACUCACGUUUUACACAAAAGUAAAAAAAAAACUGUUUUAGUGAUAUAUGAUUAAACACACAUAUU